AAGGACAUUCAAGACUCUGUUUGAAUAACUAACAAUGAGUGGCAGAGGAAAAGGCGGCAAAGGACUCGGUAAAGGAGGCGCCAAGCGUCACCGUAAAGUCCUCCGUGACAACAUCCAGGGAAUCACCAAACCGGCGAUCCGCCGUCUGGCUCGUCGCGGUGGAGUGAAGCGUAUCUCCGGUCUGAUCUACGAGGAGACCCGCGGUGUGCUGAAGGUGUUCCUGGAGAACGUGAUCCGUGACGCCGUCACCUACACCGAGCACGCCAAGAGGAAGACCGUGACCGCCAUGGAUGUGGUGUACGCGCUGAAGAGACAGGGACGCACUCUGUACGGAUUCGGCGGUUAAACUCCACGCUCCGCUGUUGGCAGGAAACAAAAGGUCCUUUUAAGGGCCACCACAUGAUCUCUAGAGCUGAUGAUCCUUGUUAGAAAAAUACAAUAUCAAAUAAAACUCUGA